CGGCCGCCUUGCGCACCCCGCCCCCCGAACCAUCCAUUUCUCUCCUGGAAAGGAAUUGUCCUUUCUUCUGCCAACUCAACGGGGUCGGGUGGCUUGGCUGGGUUCUUGUUGUUGCUUUUUUUCUUUCUUUCUUUCUUUCGGUCUUUCCUUUCUUCCCCGCCGAGGGCGGGAAAGAGGAGAAGUUGGUCGGGGACUUUGAAGGGGCCGCGGCAAUGUUUCCUGUGAAGUGGCUCCAGCUCCUCGCUUGCUCCCUGCUGAGCCUUCCCUCGAGCCCGGCUGAAGAGGAGCGCGCCGUUUUGACGCCGGACCAAGCGCCCGCCUUCUGGAAAAAAGGGAUCUUUAUUAUCCAAAGUGAUGACUUCAACACAUGCGUUAAAGCCGGCACAUCUAAUCUUGUCCUUGAAGAUUGCAGUUUGUUGUCCAGAUACAUGUUGUGGAAAUGGGGUUCUAAACAGUACCUUUUCAACAUUGGGAGAAGCAUGUGCCUAGGACUCAACAUCAGCAAUCAAGAGCAGCCAUUGAUCAUGUCCGAAUGUGAUUCUGUUCAACAUUCGCUGUGGUGGAACUGCCAUGGGAAAACUUUGGUUGGUGCAGCAGAGUACAAAUUAGCAGUUGAAAGUGGCAAGUUUAUUGUGGCAAAAAGAAUUUCCAGUUAUGGAUGGAAGCAGUUCAUGUCACAUGAUGGAGAUGUUUGUGAGCUGGCAUUCGAAGAAAUGUAUACCCUGUCGGGAAAUUCCUUUGGUUCACCUUGUGUUUUUCCAUUUAAAUACAACAACACAUGGCACCAUGAAUGCGUCAGAGAUUCCAGAGAAGAUGGGUAUCCCUGGUGUGCCACAACAAGUCAGUAUGAGCGAGAUGAAAAAUGGGGGCUGUGCCCAAACUCUGAGACUGGCUGUGACAGUUUUUGGAAGAUGGAUGUAGACACUCAGAUUUGUUACCAAUUCAAUCUUCUUUCUGUUCUCUCCUGGAAUGAGGCACGGCUUGCAUGUCAGGGACGAGGGGCAGAUUUGUUAAGCAUCACAGAUAUGGCAGAGCAAAAACAUAUUGACGAUCUGAGUGAACAUCUGGAUGCAAAAGGAAUCCUGAUGUGGACAGGCUUAAAUCAACUGGAUGAAUCUGCUGGUUGGCUGUGGUCAGAUGGGGCUCCCUUGGCACUGGUGAACUGGGGAUCAGAUCCCAUUGGUCUUGGGCAGCAUCGUUGCAAAGCACUUAACUCAAAAGGACAGCAUGACUGGCAGAGUUAUUCAUGUGAAUCUGGACUGCCAUACAUAUGCAAAAAAUAUUUAAAUGCUUCUAAACAUGAAACAUUUGAUUCAUGGAAAUUUUAUCCUACUAACUGCGGCUAUAAUUGGUAUCCAUAUAAUCGUUACUGCUAUAAGCUUUAUAAAGAAGAAAAGAACUGGAAUGAAGCUUCACUCUCCUGCCAGGAUGACAAUAGCACGCUCAUUAGCUUAACCUCUUUGGCUGAUACAGAAAUGCUCAUUAACCUUCUUGAAUACGAAAAUGUGACAGAAACUUGGAUUGGAUUGAGUGGUAGUAAGACUCCAGUUGAGUUUAAAUGGUCUGAUGGCUCUUCGGUAACCUUCACUUAUUGGGACAAACAAGAGCCAAAUAUCCAGCCCAGAAAAAGCCAACUUUGUGUCUCAGCUCAGCAACAUGAAGGACGCUGGAAGGUUAAAAGUUGUAAAAACAGAUAUUUUUAUAUUUGUAGAAGAGCAGGAAUUGUUGGAAACAUCAUUUCUGAAGUAGAAUCAGGCUGCCCAGAGGGAUGGGAAAGACAUGGUGGAUUUUGUUACACCGUCGACAUAACCCCUCGAAGCUUUGAUCAUUCAUCCAGUGGUUAUUACUGUCCCUCACUUGCAACAAUAACAAACAGGUUUGAACAAGCAUUUAUCAGCAGUAUGAUUCGCAACAUGGUGAAAAUGGAUAUCCCUUAUUUUUGGAUAGCACUACAAGAUAUGAACAACACAGGAGAGUACACUUGGCUAAGUCAAGAUGGAAAGACUCAUCAGAACACCUUUGCAAACUGGAAAAAAUAUCAGCCUCGAUAUUCUGGAGGAUGUGCUGUUAUUCGUCAGGAAAAGCCCAUUGGUGUUUGGGAAGUAAAAAACUGUACAAGCUUCAAAGCAAUGUCACUCUGUAAGCAAGAGGCUAAAUUCCACAGAGAAAAUUACCCUGAUGAAGAACCACAUGUUGAAAAACCUUUUGACUCUUGCAUGUUUGGAUGGGAAUCUAACCAUAAUCUGCUGAACUGCUAUAAGGUGUUUCACAGUGAAAAAGUACUCAUGAAAAGGUCUUGGGCAGACGCAGAGACAUUGUGUCAAGAUUUCGGAGCACAUCUUGCUAGUUUUACUCAUGCUUUUGAAGAGGAUUUCUUAAACAAACUUUUGAAUACAAUGUUUCAUAUUGAUGAAGAAAGACAAUUUUGGAUUGGACUUAACAAAAGGAACCCAUUAUCUGGAGGAUCCUGGGAAUGGUCUGAUGGAACUCCUGUUGCCUCUGCCUUCUUGGAGAACACUUACAUUGAAGAUAACGUGAGGAGCUGUGCUGCGUAUGAAAUAAAUGGAACAGUCCUGCCCUUACCCUGCAAUUCAGAGCGAGAAUGGAUAUGCAAAAUACCCAAAGGUGUAAAACCCAAGAUUCCACAGUGGUAUAUUAAUGAGCCAGCCUGGUUUUAUUAUCAAGGAGCAGAAUACCUUUUUUAUGACAGCGCCUCAGACUGGGCUACUUUUCAGUUUGUUUGCGGUUGGCUCCGUGGUGAUAUAGUCACAAUACACUCCUCCAAAGAACAAGAGUUUAUUCAAACCAGAAUUAAAAAGGCAUCAAAAGCUAAUCGCAAUUGGUGGAUUGCAUUGCAUUCGAAAGUACCCAGUAAAGGAUUUCGAUGGGCAGAUGGUUCACCACUGUUGUAUCAGAACUGGGAAGAAGGUGAAAAGAGAGCUGAGAGCACUCAGGGAGAAAAAUGUGGUUUUAUUUCUUCCCAGACAGGACACUGGGGCUUUGAAAAUUGUACUAUAUCUCUACCUUGUAUCUGCAAACGUAAAAAGAUAUGGUCUGUUGAGAGAGAAAUACCAAAAGAACAGAAUCAUCAAGGGACGUGUCCCAAAGGAUGGCUGUAUUUUGCAUUCAAGUGCUUUCUGGUACAGAUUCCAAAGGAUCCAAGCCAUCAGAAAAGUUGGCAUUCUGCCGAAACAUUCUGUAAUCACUUUGGUGCAUCACUUGCUUCCAUUGAAAAUGAAGUUGAGCAAGCUUUCAUCACAAUGAACCUAUUUGGGCAUAAAUCUAAUGUUUGGAUCGGCCUGAAGGGCAAGGAUAAUGAAAGGUGGAUUAAUGGUCAAGAUGUGAAAUAUACCAACUGGGAUCCUGUAGAUGAAAUUCAGAAUCAACAUGAUUACGGCAUUGAUGCUCAGGAAAAUGUUUCACUGUGCACGUUGAUAUUAAACAAUCCUAGUUUUAGUUCAGUGGGGAAAUGGUACCUGGAAAAUUGUGAAGAACGCUAUGGUUUUAUCUGCCAGAAAGCACAAGAUACAUCUACACGUGUUAUAGACCCUUCACUGAUGUACCCCAUACCAAAUACCUUGGAAUAUGCAAACAGGACAUACAUUUUGAUCAGUGGCAAUAUGACUUGGUACAUGGCUUCAGAAUCAUGCAAGGAGAAGGGGGCUGAAUUGGUCAGCAUUACGAACCAUUUUCACCAGGCCUUUCUCACUGUAAUUGUAAAUCGGCUGGGCUAUGCUCACUGGAUUGGAUUGUUCACUUCAAAUAAUGGUCUUAAUUUUGAGUGGUCUGAUGGUACCAAGCCUUUCCUUACAUUCUGGGGAGAUGAAGAAUCUGAAACUUCAGGAGGAUGUGUUUAUAUCAGUACUAAGGGAAAUUGGAGAAGUACUGGCUGUGAGAGACUUCUGAAUGGGGCAGUUUGCCACAUUUCACCUAAAUGGAAAACCACAGAAAAUAAGGGAUUAUGUGGUGAAAAGAUUGUCCCCUGGAUAAAAUUUGAAAGUAGCUGCUACAGCUUUUCCACAGUUCUUAAGAACUUAAAUUUUAACGAAGCAUUUGAAUUUUGCCAAAAGCAAGGUUCCAAUCUUCUAACUAUUAAAGAUGAAGGUGAAAAUACAUUUAUUCUGGAAGAACUAUAUACUUUAACAUCCUUGGUUGAAAUGAUUUGGUUGAAUGUCAGGUUUCUCACUGGCAACAGUACGUUAGUAUCAUUCGAUGGCUCUCCAGUUUAUUACACAAACUGGGGCAUUAAAGAACCUGUACGGGCUCAGAUUAAAGGAGAUGUUUGCAUUGCUUUGAGGACCGCAGAUGGAGCCUGGCAAUUAUCAUCCUGCCAAGAAAAGAAAGGAUUUGUAUGUAGAACUAAUACAGAUUUUCCUGAGAUUACAAUACAGUCAGUAAAAGUAUCGACUCGCAGAACUGUAAUCCUGAUAACAUUAUCAGUUCUGGUGAUAGCAGUCAGUGCGGUGUCUGCAUUUAUCGGGUGCUUACACAGACCCAGUCAUCUUUUUAGAAGAAUACAGCAGCUCAGAAAUGCCUGUCCAGUGGAGGCAAGCUCCGAAGUUCCUGCCGUUGAAGAAAGCAUCCUCAUUUCUAAUCUGGAGAGGAAUGAUGACCUUUACUGAUGCAGUAAUAAGUGAUCUAAGUGAUCAAGAGCAAAUUAAUUUAAUAAACAUAAUGCUGUAUGCGUAUGUACAUUCUUUU